GGUCAACGAACGAGACGACGUCUGUGUAAUGGCGGCUGCAGUACAUGCCAAUGUCUCGGCUCCGCUGUCGAGGUCCAAACUUGCAACACAGCACCAUGCCCCUCUGCCUGCACAACUUGUCAACAGACACAACCUCACUACGAUCCACCAGUCACUCAACCUCCAUGCAUCACCUGUUCACAGAACCAGCCACCUCCCCCUUGUGUGGCCCCCUCCACUCCGACACCGUACAUUCAACCAGCUCCAUCGUCAUGUACCACUUGUGGAGUGAAUCUGCGAUACUACGACCCUUACAGUAACGGCGGACGUAGAAAGAGGUCUCAGCGAACUAUCAAGGGACCGCUAUCGUUUUUAUUCAAUUGA